GCUGACCUAAACCGGAAGAAGAAAUUUAAGCAAAGUGCGAAGUGGUCAAAAAUAAUAAGAGUCUCUGCUCUAAAUGGAUAAAACCGAAAGGCUACCUGAUCUUGAAACAGAAAAAGAAAGCCUGAACCAAACCUCUGUCUCCAGAAGCAACAGAAGCAGUCCUCGAGUUUGUCGAUUUUAUUCUCAAGGACUCUGCGCGUUUGGGAAAAGAUGUAAAUUCCUCCAUCAGUUUCCUGAGGCAAAAGAAGAGCUACAAGGAGCAGAGAGUUAUGAGCAGAAACCACAGGACAGUAGUGGAUAUGAUGCUGAGAUAUCGGAAGUCCUCAAAGACUCCUGUCAAGUUCAGAAUAUUUCUGAAAAGAAUGUUGAUUUGAAAAACAAUGGUUCUGUCUUACAUAAAGGGAAAGAUAAGUUUAGCAAACCAUGCAAAUUCUUUUUAUCUGGUUGUUGUACAUGGGAAGACAAAUGCCGAUUUUGGCAUCCCGAACAGCUACCACCUCUGAUGCAUUACUCAGGAAUAAGGGAAAAAUGUAAUGAAAGGUGGAGACCUUCUUCCAUAGUCCACAAAAGAGCUCCCUGUGAGGAGGUGAAACUACAUGAGCUUACAGCUGAACUGGCCAAGCAGCUUAGAGAAACCGAGAUCAACCAACUAAUAAAACGCUUUCCAAAGGACCAACUGAUAAUCCAGGAACGAGAAGAUGGAAAAUUAACUUAUUACCGUGUAACUGUCCAGCCUACAGAUCCUGAUUGGCCAUUUGACUUGAGAGAACUUGAUAUAAUGAUCAGUUUCCCAGAUGACUAUCCACAGGAGGUAUUUUCUGUUGAUGUACCAGAAGACCAGUAUUUACCUUCAGUUAUGGGAAGAUAUGUAUGUAAAUCAUCACAAGAGUGGGUAAAGGCCAAGCAUGAAACCAACAAACUUAUGGGAAAAGUGGAGCUGCUUUUUCGACCAUUCUUGCGAUGGCUUGAUCGUAACAUGGAGAGACUUUUUACUGAAGGUGCUAGAAUGCUAAAAAGAGACAUUGAUGCAGAAAGAUCUGGAAUUGAAUUUGUUCCCUACCAGCAGCUAAAGAUGUCAUCUACUUAUGCUUCAUGUCAGAAAGAAAGCCCUGCUAUGGAAAGCGACUUGAAAGAGAACCUUCCCAGAAGCAAUAGUUGUUCAAACAGCUCAGAUGAGGAAGAUGGGAAUUUUGUUCUUGUUGACACUGUAUCUGAUGAUGAUGAUGAUGAUGAUGUCUGUGCUGAGCAAACAACUAGUCAUCUUGUGGAGAAUAUAAAGAGCAGUGAACCAAGGAAAGGCACAGAAAUUAAACUACUUGGUUUGCAGUUAGGUGAAGACAUAGCUACUUUAGAGGCAAAUGAAAUCACCAUAUCUUUACAGUGCAACAGGUGCAAGAUUACAGCAGAUCUCACUAUUACAAAGAAAAAUCCCUGCACUGCUGAGUGUGAGAAAUGCAAUGCACACAUAAGUGCAGCAUUUCGUCAUAGCAUAAUACACCAUUACUCUGAUGUGCUUGGAUACUUGGACCUGAAUGGAGCAGUGCCAGCUGACUUGGUACUAAGCAAUUGUGAAUUUGUGGUUGGAUGUCUUAAUUGUUCAGAGAAAGGAAUAUUGAUGAACCUCUCUUAUGGUUACAACAAGGAAUUCAACUGUACAUAUUGCUACCAUAAGCUAAAUAUUCUGGUUGAGUCAGUGAAAUUCCAGUACAUCCAGCCACGUGUAAGAACUGAAACAGUUCCCACAUUUCAACAACACAGGAAAUUUUACAGAGACCCUGCAGUUCAGGCUGGCAAACCUCUACCAGAGAAAGGAACUUGUAAACAUUACAGACAGAGUUACCGUUGGUUAAGGUUUCCUUGCUGUGGAAGGGCAUACCCUUGUGAUAUUUGUCACAAUGAGGCUCAGAAUCAUGAAAUGGAACUGGCAACCAGAAUGAUAUGUGGCUACUGCGCAAAAGAACAGCCUUACAGUAAUGGAACUUUGUGUAUCUCCUGUGGGAGUUUGAUGACAAGAGGAUCCCAUACCAGUCACUGGGAGGGAGGCCAAGGAUGCAGGAACAAACUAAAAAUGGCAAGGAAGGACAAGCAGAAGUAUGCUAAUGCAUCAAAAACAGUUUCACGUAAAUCGAGUAGUUUGAAGAAGUGAAUAGAAUUAAUUAAAAAAUCCUUUUCUAAAUUGGUAUAAUUACACCCCUUUUUCCGCAUUUUAAAUGCUUUAAAUAUACAGACAGCUGAUAUAGAUGAAUUUUUAGAUUAUUUUGCAACCUUUUAGGAAUCAAUAAAAACAAUAUAUUCAAAAUUGUGAAAAAUAAAAACGUAAAACUUCAGGUGGAAAUAUAUAUCAUAUCCAUCUCCUUUUAAGUACAGAAAUGUGAUUAAUGCCCGGCUAUCUUAUCAGUGCCUAAUGUCUUUGCACAUUCUUGCGUAAUGAAAUUAAAAAAUGGAAAU